CCACAGGCUUUCCCUCCCCCAUCUUCACACGUCAUUCUGGGCUCGGCUGUGAGCUAACAAGCAACGGCCAUCGACGGAAGCGGAGUUUCAGUCUAUGUACCUUCAUCUUUCCACGUCACGGGACGACAAGGUUACCCAGAGGAGGAGAGGAGAUAGUCUCCCGGUCCAAAGCGGCUUCACGGGUCGUACGAGGAUUAAAGUAUCUACGCUUUUGUCGAAACUGCCAGUGGUGCGGAUUCAUGCUUCAGCUAAAUGCGGUACGAAGCUAAAAUGAUGCCGAUGUUCCUGACCGUUUACCUCAGUAACAAUGAUCAACAUUUUACUGAGGUUCCCAUUACUACGGAAACGUUAUGUCGGGACGUGGUGGACUUGUGCAAAGAGUCGGGGGAGUCCGACUGUCACCUGGCAGAAAUGUGGCGCGGAUCAGAGCGAUCCGUAGGGGAUGGGGAGCGGAUGCUGGAUGUACUCCAACGAUGGGGACAACAUAGGGCGGAGGUGCGAUUCUUUCUUCGUCACAACCGAGCACCAAGUAGGGAAUCGGGAGGGUCCAGAGACUCAGACUCGAAGAGAAAUGGAGUAAAGGGACCCCCAGACAGAAGGAUGGAGAAUGGGAUGUCCACACCCAGGAUGGACAUGACUUUGUCCGAGCUCCAAGAGAUGGCAGCCAGGCAGCAGCAGCAGAUUGAAUCCCAACAGCAACUUCUCGCUUCCAAGGAGCAGAGAUUGCGCUACCUAAAGCAGCAGGAGCAGCGUCAUCAGCAGCAGGUGUCUGAGCAGGAGAAGCUCCAGCGCCUCCGCGACAACAUAGAAAACCAGGAAGGCCGUCUUAAGAAGGUCCGAGCCCUCAAGGGCCAAGUGGAGCAGAAACGCCUAAGCAACGGCAAACUCGUGGAGGAAAUCGAGCAGAUGAACAACCUCUUCCAGCAGAAGCAAAGAGAGCUAGUGAUGGCGGCGUCCAAGGUGGAGGAGCUCAGCCGACAGCUAGACUUGCUCAAAAGUGGCAAGGUGGACAACUUCCACGACAACCAGAGCUCUGUGGCUGAACUGGACCGCCUCUACAAGGAGCUACAGUUGAGGAACAAGCUCAACCAAGACCAAAACUCAAAACUACAACAGCAACGUGAGAACCUGAAUAAGCGCAACUUGGAGGCGGCCGCCAUGGACAAGAGGAUCAGCGAGUUGCGCGAUCGGCUGUGGAAGAAAAAAGCGGCGCUGCAGCAGAAGGAGAACGUGCCUAAUGGCUAUCCCAGUAAAGAGAGAGCUCCCAAAGACACACAUCUUCAGUUGCCGUCUGAUGGCCCAGCCAGCUUACAACAGUCAGGUGGUCCAUCUCGUGUGGCGGCGGUUGGACCGUACAUCCAGUCAUCCACCCUGCCCCGUGGUGGCCCGGGCAGAACCGAACUGCUUGUGAAACCGGCUUACCCCGACGGCACCUCCACCUUGCCUACGCACGAUUUGCACAGCAAGCCCGGAACAGGGAACCAUUCAUCUAAACUGGAGUUCAACGGUCAUGGUCCAGCUUCUUCAACACUCCCACGAAUGACAUCUCAUUCACACAAAGACCAAGUAGAUGACUCUGAGCCCAAGAGGGACAAGAAGGUGCGUCCAUUUUCCAUGUUUGAACCAACUGAGGUUCCCGCCACCUCACUCCGCAAAAACCAGAGCAGUGACGACUUGGUCAGGGAUGCUCAGUCUGCUCCAAAGGUUCUAGUCAAGGUGCCACCGCCAGUUCCCACCAAACCGAAAGGCCCAAAUAUCAUCCCAUACGGCAAAGCGGGUCUCAACACAGGCACCUUCCCUAAAACUAAACCCCACAGCAGCCAUCCCCAGUCGGGCCAAAGCCACACCCUUCUCCCCGCCUCCCAGAGCCAGACGCUUCCCUUGCCUCCCAAGCAGGACCCUCCGCCCGCAGCCACGGUGCGACCCUUCACCCCCGAGCUGCCUUCCUCCAAGCCACAGACCCUCGCUACCAGCUCCAUUUACUCCAUGUACACCCAACAAGUCGGCAUCCAUGGUGCUCUCAGUAGAGCUCAGAGUCGCAGCAACGGCUUUGUCAGUGUGUACGGAAAGCCGGUGAUUCCCGGCGGAGGCCCCCAGCAUGUGGAGAACCCCUACCUGGAACGUCGUUCCCCAGCACCGGAGUCAGAGGUGGACCAUAACGUAGCCAACCACACGGGUCCGAGUCCGUCCGACAGCGCCCAACCAGAGACUGAGCGCAUCCCGCGGCCCCUCAGCCCCACCAAGCUGCUGCCUUUCAUUUCCAACCCCUACCGUCACCAGAGCGACGGUGACCUGGAGGCCCUCAGGAAGAAGCUCUACAAUGCCCCCAGGCCCUUGAAGAAGCGCAGCUCUAUCACAGAGCCGGAAGGGCCCGCCGGGCCCAACAUCCAGAAGCUCCUUUACCAGAAAACCACUCUGGCCGCCAUGGAGACCACUGCUGUCACGCCAACUACUCCCACUUUUCCUGGUGAAGCAGAGAAAGGGGCAGAAGUACCUGUGGGUGUGCACCUUCCGGGCCCCUUAAAUGGCACAGAGGACCACCGUUCAGAUGCCGGAACGGAGAGACCCCAAUUCCCAAAUAGUAAUGUUCACAUUCCAGCACCUGCGGAACAAACCAGAUUGACGCCCGCCCUACUCGAGGCCGAAGACAUCGUUCCUCCACCUCCUCCGUCACACCCGGCCCCUCGUCCCGAAGACAUGCUCUUCCCGCCACCGCCUCCUUCUCUUCUGGAGGACCCUGUCCCUAAUCUGCCCCCUGCGCCUCCAGAUGGCUUUCUUGAAGAGUUCCCCCCUUACCCUCCCCCGCCAUACCCCAGUGGAGCAGAGCAGGACAGCUUGGGGGAGGACACCUUUAAUAUGAAAGCUCCUGAAGUCACCGGUCAGGUUGCAUUGCCACCGGGCAAGAGGACCAACCUUCGGAAGCUGGGUUCGGAGCGUAUCGACCACAACAUGCGAGUCAAGUUUAACCCGCUGGCGCUGCUGCUCGACUCGUCUCUUGAGGGAGAAUUUGACCUAGUCCAGAGAAUUAUCUAUGAGGUGGAGGACCCCAGCCAGCCCAACGACGAAGGCAUCACCGCGCUCCACAACGCCGUGUGCGCCGGACACACGGAGAUUGUCAAGUUUCUGGUCCAGUACGGCGUCAACGUCAACGCUGCGGACAGCGAUGGCUGGACACCUCUUCACUGUGCUGCCUCCUGCAACAACGUUCAGGUGUGCAAGUUCCUGGUGGAGUCGGCCGCUGCAGUCUUUAACACAACAUACAGCGACAUGCAGACGGCGGCCGACAAGUGUGAAGAGAUGGAAGAAGGCUACACGCAGUGCUCGCAGUUCCUCUAUGGCGUUCAAGAGAAGAUGGGCAUCAUGAACAGGGGCGUAGUCUACGCCUUGUGGGACUUUACGGGAGAGAACCCCGACGAGCUGUCCUUCCGCGAGGGCGACUGCAUGACAGUUGUCCGUAGGGAGGACGAGAACGAGGUCGAAUGGUGGUGGGCACGCCUGGGAGACAACGAGGGCUACAUACCUCGAAAUCUACUCGGGCUGUACCCAAGAAUAAAGCCACGACAGAGAAGCCUCGCUUAAGGACUCCUGCUCAUUUCAACAUGCACACUAACACACAUACACACUACUUGCAAAAAGAGUCAGUUCUAUUCGGCUUUGGGGUCAAAUUUCAGUAUCCCAAAAAAAAAAGUGAAGGUCCUUGGAAAUUUGCAAGGAUUUAACACUUGUAGUGAAUUUUGAAGCUGUGCUAUGUGCAUUCAAAAGUUUAGAGAAGGACUAAUUCAAUUCAUUUUGAAAAUCUGUGGUCCAAUUGGACACCGAAGCAUAAUUUCCCUUACAUUUUGUGAGUAGGGUUUAUAUAUGCACACACACUGGCUUUAACCACCCAGGAAGCGAAGGACGCUGCUGCAAUGAAGAAACACUAUAGCAGAGGUGGGGACCCAACAGCGGUAAAAUGUAAACUUUAAAUGUUUUAAAAUGUUUGCCAUUGUUGAUAAAUGUAGUAAGGCCUUCAGAGGACCUUUUGACCACAGGUUCCUUACCCCGGCAUUAAAUGAAGGAUCAACUGAUGAACACUUUGUGGCCCAACUGUGACACUUUUCUCUAACACUAAUGGCAUUUUUGUCCACGUUUUUAUUAUUAUUAUUAUUAAUCACUACUGUCAGAUUUAAGUGACGGAAACUGUGGUUGUAAACAGAACACUCAGUAUUUGAUAUUUUUAAAAGGCUGUCAGGGGUUAUACGUGACAUUAAAAAGGCUCGAUUGCCGUGACAAUCGGCGGAGGCUGGUUACUUUUUGACUUUGCCUCUAUUUUAUAUCUGCACUGAUGCUGUCAAAAAGAAAUCAAAAACAGCGUACUAGUACACAAAUCUUAAUCUGUACAUGUGCUUUGUUGUCAAACUAGUCAUUUGAUACCGCAGUGGUAAAAAUGACCUUGAGAUUCCCCUCUAGUUAUGUAGGAAGAUGAAAGGAGCUGAUUACCAAGAAACAAGAUAGCUCAUAGGCUGCAGUUUUGUUUUGUUUUUGACUCACCAGACCCCCAUGCAAUACUGACAUCCAUGCAGAUAUUUAUUUUUGUUACCAUGUUCCUAUAUGCUGUCUAAGAAGUAUAACCUCAGAUGUACUGUAGCAUUUUCAACAUUUAUAAUAAAAAUAAUUUGUACCACU